AUGUCGCACUUUGGCAGCCUGGCAUUCGCUGCGGCGACCGCGAUUGCUGCGUGGCAGAGCCCGCGAGUGCACCGCGCGCCCAACCCGCACGCGGAGCUUGUCGUCGUUCUCGAGCAACCGCGACACCUCGGAGGCUUCCUCGGCAACUCUGGCUCGGUGGCUCCGCUGCCCGGCGGCCGCUUCUGCGUCAGCGACACCUCGAGCGGCCGCGUCCUUCUCAUCGGCUCCGACGGGACGCGCCUCGCCUCGUCGCCCGCAAUGUUCGAAGCUCCCGCUGCGCUCGCCCUCUCGCCUAGCUGCGAUAGCGUGUACCUGGCCGACGCGACGGGCCACGCUCUCCACCGCCUCUCCCUCCCGGACCUGUCGCCCAUCUGCAGCACCCGCCCGGUCGAGGGCGCGAGAGGCCUCUGCUACCCGGCCGGGCUCGCCGUCUCGCCUCGCGACGGGCGGGUGUUCGUGUCCGACAAGGGGAACCACCGCGUCGUGUGCUACGACGCCGCCCUGUCGGUCGAGCUCUUCUCGCACGGCCGCUGCGGUGGCGGCGAGGGCGAGCUCAACUCGCCGAGCGGGCUCGCCCUGCUCGGCGGCGGCGGCGCAGAGGAGGAGCGGCUGGUCGUCGCAGACACGGACAACCACCGGCUGGUCCUCCUCGGCUCGGAGGGCGGCUUCGUGCGCUCGAUCGGAGGCCGGAGCGACGCCCCGCCUCCCGGCCUCUCCGAGCCCGAGUUCCUCGAGUGGCUGCCCGUCUUGGCUGUUCGCCCGUUCAACCCGCUGGCUGGGCAGUGCUGCUCGCUGAGCGAGCGGGCGAGCGGAGUGUGGCACCUGCUCUCGCCGGACGGCGGGCGGGUGCGGUCCGGCUUCCGGCCGCACCAGCGGCUGCUCGAGGAGGGUGUCGGCCGCGAGGCGUGCGAGGGAGGCGAGGGCGGGCAGGAGGAGGACGGCGCCGGGAGCUGGGCCUGUGGCUUGGCCGGAGGGUCGCGAGCCGGCGACGCGGGGCGCGUCUUUCUGGUGGAGGACUGCGGCGCGCGCGUGCGGAUUGCGCGGACGGUGCGACUGGUUUAA